CGAGCACAUGGGACUUCUCUGCCACCACAACUACUACCGCCACCGACACGAAGAAGGAAACGGCUGAAAUCGACAACAAUCCUUGGAGUCUAAAUCGUGGAAAGCCGAAAAAGAAGAAUGCCACCUUCUCAUUCGGCGCACUCGACGAAGAGGAGAAGGAGAAGGAACGGUCUUUCGGAACUGAUAAGAAGAAAAAGAAGGGCAAGAUCGUUGUUGAGGAACCCGCGAAAGCCGAGGAGAAGGAGAAGGAACCUGAACCCGUUGAGGAUUUCGCGUGGGGGUCUUUCGGAACUGAGAAGAAGAAAAAGAAGGGCAAGAUCGUUGUUGAGGAACUCGUGAAAGUGAGUUCGCCUGUAUCCAGCUACGGGAA